GGAGUGCGCCCGCCAUUCCAUCACGUCAACAUGUCGCGGGCGGGCGGGCGAGAGCGCGCUUCGCCGUGUCCCGGAUGUUGCUCGCACCGGAAGAGAAGGGGCCGCGCUCCCAGCCAUCUUGUGGCAGCAUCCAGCGAAUAGUUCGCGUCGAGCCCCGGCCAAUCGGAGGUGCAUCUAGCUGAAGGGGCGCCAUCAUGCCCGGCCACCUGCAAGAAGGCUUCGGCUGCGUCGUCACCAACCGCUUCGACCAGCUACCGGACGACGAGUCCGACCCGUCCGAGAUCCUGAAAGCAGCAGAAAACAAGAAGAAGGAGGGGGCCGCCGCCGCCGCCGCGUCCGCCAGGAGCGCGGCUCACGCCGCUAAGCAGCCCAAGAAGGAGUCGCAGAAGGACAGGAAGAACCCGCUCGUGGAGAAGAAGGAGGAGUCCCAGCCUGCGGCGGCGCUCAAAAAAGAAGGAACCCGACGCGUGGGUCGAAGGCCAGAGCAGCAGCAAGGUCACCAGGGCCCCCAGCAUCAGCAUCAGGGGAACCAGGUCGAGGGGCGACCCGGAGACAAACGGCCGGACCGCAGACCACCUCGUGAGCGGCGUUUUGAGAAACCUGCCGAGGACAAGCCUGAGGGAGGCGGCGGCGGCGGCGACUUCUCCGCAGACCACAAGCCUUCCGGAGAACGGCCUUCCGGGGACCGGCCCCCGAGAGGGCGCGGAGGCGGCGGCCGAGGUGGCCGCGGCGGACGAGGGCGAGGCACGGGCAGAGGGGAAGGCUUCGACUCCCGUGGCAAACGAGACUUUGACAGACACAGCGGCACUGACAAAUCGAAUCAGAAAAGCGAGGAGAAGCGUAGCGGCAGCGGCUCACACAACUGGGGAAACGCGAAGGAGGAACCCAGUGAGGCUCAAGGGUCCCCUCCUGCUGAGACGACCCCCGAGGGAGACGAAGCGGCACCGGCGGGCUCUGAGAACAAGGAGAACGAGGUGGAAGAAGUGAAACUGGAAGGCCCCCGCGAGAUGACACUGGACGAGUGGAAGGCCAUGCAAGACAAGGAGCGCACCAAGGUGGAGUUCAACAUCCGCAAGCCCAACGAGGGCGCCGACAGCCAGUGGAAGAAAGGAUACGUGCUGCACAAGUCCAAGAGUGAAGACAGGCCUGUCGGAGCUUUGAUUGAUGCCUCAGAAACAGAAGUAGACGGGCAAACCCUGUACCAAAAGGGCACCGGUGACGAAUCCGCAGAGCACCACUUCCGCAAGCCGGCCAACGACAUCACGUCCCAGCUGGAGAUCAACUUCGGAGACCUGGGCCGCCCCGGCCGCGGGCGCGGCGGCCCCCGCGGGGGCCGGGGAGGCCGCGGCGGGGGAGGCGGCAGGCCGGCGCGUGGCGGAAGCCGCUCUGAAAAGCAGGCAAGUGGCGUGCUGGUCCCCAACGUGGACGACCCCGAGGCCUUCCCCGCGCUGGCCUGAAGGCUCCUCCGCAGUCUCCGGCCAUUCCCCUCUGCCCUCCUGCCCCUCGCCGCCCCCCCCCCCCCUUCUACGAGGCUUGCAUGCUUACCACAUUCUCAAAUAUAUAAGAAAUCCAUCGACGGCAAAAAAAAAAAAAAAAAAAAAAAAAAGAGACAGUCGCCCCGCACCAGAGGACUGAAAUUUGACCUCUUUUGAAGCAAAACUGACAGGACAAAAAGUGGGGAAAAAGGACCUCUUGUCACACUGACGUUUUGUAUUUUAAACCUUAAAGCAGGGAUGUUUUCAUCUAUCCCCCGACACCACCCCAGAGAUUAGGCGUGCAUCAUUUGUUUGUGUGUGCUGCGUGAAAUGAUGCGGGUUUUUUUUUUUUUUUUGCCAUUUGUGGGUUUCACGUCUCCGUGGAGCUCUCAGCCCAGUAUUACGGGGGUCCGGGAAGACUUUGGACUGGAGUGCGUUUCUUCCCUCCCACUGUUAACGAUACACACUGAUGUGGUAGCGCUGCACUACAUAUGAAACGUGUAUUAGAUAUCCCAAGUCUAACUUCACGUGAAUUUGAAUUAAAAGUGAAAUUAUCCCUGACGGGCCGUCUCCUUUCGAGAGUAACCAGGCAACAGUGACAUCCUACAAAAAAAAAAAUUGAUAAUAAGCUUGGUAUUUUUUUUCUGCUUGUUGUGCAGUGAAAGUAAAUGCAGCUUUUCCUUUUCUGGAUAGUUUUUUUUUUUUUGGGUAGUUCUCGGCUUGUCAGUUUGCGGGGUGUGUUAUCUUUAGGCUGGUCCUGUUAGCUUCGCUCAUCCUACUUGGAAAUUCAGGACCGCUUUAUUUGAUUUCCUUCCGCCGAGUGUGGGGCGCACGUGACUGAACGUGCAAGAGUGGCCACCGGUCACUUCUAAAGUUACUCGUCUUCUUCAAGCGGUCAGAACAGCAAGCAGGUUCUGGCCUGAAGUCUCCAACGAGGCGGGCCGACGCCGCAGGCCGACAUUCCGAACCUUGGGAACGUGCUGCGCCUGCCGCAUCUCAAAAAGCAUUUGGGUCUUUCCCAGCACCAGCCCUCUGAAGACUCCCACCCCUUUCUGUAGAUCCUAUUUUGCUCUGUCUAUUAUUAUUAUUAUUAUUAUUAUUAUUUGAUGAGUGCAGCAGCACUCAUGCAUGAUGUCUGCUGUCAUUGUGCAACAAUCACGAUCUACAGAAUGUAACGUAAACAAUUGUUGCACGGGCACGCGCUGCCGACACGGGCGUCCUAUUGUCAUGAAGCGGGUUUUGGGGAGGUCCUGAGUGUAGCACUAAAGUUCGCAGCGCGGUGUCGUACUUUGGAGUUCUGCGCUCCGCGGUAAUGUGCUGCCGCAGGUGGCUCAACAUUUAUGGUAUUUUAUUAUUUUUUUUUUUUUUUAUGCUUUUCCUUGAAUGACUGUUUUGAGCCACGUGACGGUAAAACAUUGCGCAAACAUCCCUGUUUUAAUCACUUUCUUUAGAGGUGUCGAGUAUAUUCCCAAAACGGAAAGUGGACUCAUUAUUAAAAAAAAAAACAAAACAAAACAAAAAAUGAAAUUUAGGGCAAUACUGUUUGCUAUUCGAAUGGAAUACAACACGGUGACUACGGAUUAAAUGUUACACUGCUUUUACAUUUUGUAACUUAACUCCUUUAUUAUAAACUGAAAUGAGGACCACACUACAUCGUUAAAUGUGGUUAUGAAAAUGACAAAAAAAAAAAAUGCAGGUUUUUAUAGCUUGCAGUGAAUUACUGUAGCUUUAGUUUUUGGAGCUGCUGUACAUUUGUUGAUUGCAAUUUAACGUAUUGGUUCAAGUCCUGGCUACCGGUUCUGAAUUCUGUAUCUGGCUCGUACGCGUCAAUCUGUUUGGAAAAAAAAAGAGACGUAUAGUAUAAAUUGGCUGUUAUUGUAAAAGAUGAAGAUGUAUUUGAAAAUAAAGAGUGAUGCCAAACCUC